AUGUUGGCUCCACCACCUUCACCUAACUCGAUAAAUUCUCGAAAGUUUCUCAACCUCAGUAACUUACAUUCCAUUAUUUGCGAUUGCAGAGACAAGAUUGAUGUGAAUCAUAGCGGGAUGCAUAGGAUAAAAGAGCAGCUAGGUCAAGAUUUUCUUGUGUGUCAUGUGGAUCAUAUCAAUAUCCACCACAAGCGGGAAGAUCAUGACAAGAAGCUUAAAGCUAUUGUUGUGGUGAUGGGCGGCGUGAUGGUGGCCAUGUGCGGGAUGAUGGUGGUUGGGCUCAAAGUCGUUAUGAAGCUUGGAUAA